UUAGAAACAGUAUUCCAGUAAAAUUGUUCAGUUACGCACGAGGUUACGCAAUACACGACAUCACCAUUGACAUUAUCGGCAUCUUCAAAAUAUAGAACUGGAAAGUUGCCAAUAAAGACAAGAGAGAGCCUGUCUUCAUUGAACAAAAACAGAUAAAUUGACGAAUUGCAAUGAUUGGAACAUUCACAUUAUUUUCCAUACUGCAAAUACUGUUAACUACAUGUCUAGUGUCGGCUAGAGUUGUACCUAAAGGCUUCUCCCAUAUUGGAUCCUUUCGAACGUCAAGAACUGAUGAGGAAAAUUAUUACAUCAGCUCGAAUAAGCUGCAAUGGCCGAGUGCACAGCAAUCUUGCAAAACCUUAUUUGGUACCAAUUCUAGCACAGUAUCUGUAAAUACAGUGGAGGAAUGGAACUACCUCAAAUCCAUUAUUGAAGUAUAUGAUGUCGGAAGUACGUACUGGACGGCCGGCAUGUAUGACAGAAACUCGAACGUCUGGAGAUGGGCAUCAGAUAAUUCGAUUUUACCAUCAUGGGCACCGUGGGACACCAAUCAUCCGGUAUCGAAUCCGUCUGCUCUUCAUCGUGUUCUCAUUGCACAUACGAAUCAUAAUGUGGCACCGUGGCGCACCGUUUCUAACAGUCAAUUGCAUCGGUUCAUUUGCGAGGUACCCUAUUCAUCACCGAUUCCAGUUUUGUGCUUGGACAUGGACUUGGUCAUAGUACUGGACUCGUCGGCCAGUAUUGGAUCACACAACUACAAAAAGGCAAAGAAUUUCGUUGCGGAAUUGGUGGCAGAAUUUACGAACAAUGACGCAAAUCGCAUUGCCUUUCUGAUUUAUUCUGACACAGCUACGUCUGUCAUUGAGUUAGGCAAUACGCUUACACCUGCACAGAUCUCUACAGCUAUUAGGGAUGCUCCGUAUCUUAAAGGCAGCACUGCCACUCAUAUUGCAAUCGAACAGGCAAUCGAGCAAUUUAAAUCUUCACCAAGGAACAAUAUUGCAAAGAAUGUUGUGGUUGUAACUGAUGGCGAAUCCACAAAUGCAGCAUUGACUGCUGCAGCUGUGAAGACAGCCACCGAUUUGGGAAUACGUACAUAUUCGGUUGGAGUCACUCCGUCGGCGGACGAAGAUGAACUUCUUGUUAUCGGUGCGGGACAGAAUGACUAUGUUUUCACAACUGAUGAGUGUGACAAGUUAAUUUCGUUAGUAGAGCCAGUUGCUCGAAAGAUUUGUCCGGAUGAUGAUUGAUUAAAGCGAAAGAAGGUUGUCAUGUGAUAAGA